AGACCCGUGUGCCUGUAGUUUUCUGUCUUCAGUUGUUUCCUUACAUCUACCUUCAGUCUGAAGAGAAUGGACGCCCAAGGCCUGAGAGAGGAUCUCCGUCUGUUUCAGAGCACUCUUUUGCAGGAUGGACUCAAAGAACUUCUGAAUGAGAAUAAGCUGAUUGACUGUGUCCUAAAGGUUGGAGACAGAAGCAUCCCCAGCCACCGGCUCAUUCUAGCAGCAUGCAGCCCGUAUUUCCGGGAGCUCUUCUUCUCGGUGGAUGGCAAAGAGGUGGACAGGAAGGAGGUUGUUCUCGAGAACCUUGAUCCUAAUGUUAUGGAGGUGAUUGUGAAUUAUCUGUACUCGGCUGAGAUCGACAUCAACGACAACAAUGUUCAGGACAUCUUGUGCAUCGCGAAUUGCUUACAGAUCCCCUCGGUUUUCACAGUGUGUGUGAACUACCUACAGAAGAGUCUCACCAUAAAGAGCUGCCUUGCCAUCUACAAGCUGGGACUGAUGCUGAACUGUGCCAGGCUGGCCAUGGCAGCCAGAGAUUACAUCGCAGAUCGCUUUGAGACCAUAGCCAAAGAUGAUGAUUUCUUGGAGCUUGCCCCACCUGAGCUUUUUGCCAUCAUCGGAGCUGAUGCGUUGAAUGUUGAAAAAGAAGAAGCUGUGUUUGAGGCCUUAAUGAGGUGGAUCAGAAAGGAUAUAGAAAAGCGAGCAAAAUCUUUGGAGGAGGCUUUCGAAUACAUUCGCUUCUGUCUACUUCCAGAGAAGUACUUUAAGGAAAACGUGGAGAAAGAUGAGCUCAUCAAGGCUGAUCCAGAGCUCCUAAAAAAGAUCAAAGUCAUCAAGGAAGCAUUCGCAGGCAAGCUGCCCCAGAACAAAAAGGGUUCAGGUGAGGGAGAGGAGGGGACGGUGCCAGGUUACUUGAACAACAACCGCAGAUUCGGCAUGCAUGCUAAAGACGUGAUCGUGAUGAUUAAUGACACUGCUGCGGUGGCCUACGACAGCCAAGAGAACGAGUGUUUUCUUGCUGCAAUGUCUGAGCAAAUUCCCCGAAAUCACGUCAGCCUCACAUCGAAGAAGAACAACCUGUAUGUGCUGGGAGGACUGUUUGUAGACGAGGAGGAUAAAGAAAGUCCACUGCAGUGUUACUUCUACCAGCUGGACAGCCUUGCUUCUGAAUGGCUAGCUCUGCCACCAAUGCCGUCCCCCAGGUGUCUCUUCGCGAUGGGCGAAUUUGAAAACCUACUAUUUGCUGUGGCGGGAAAAGAUUUACAGUCCAAUGAGUCUCAUGACACUGUUAUGUGCUAUGAUACCGAAAAAAUGAAAUGGACAGAAACAAAGAAGCUGCCUGUGAAAAUUCACGGCCACUGCGUGGUCUCUGAGAACGGCUUGGUCUACUGCCUGGGAGGAAAAACCGAUGACAAUAAAGCAACCAAUAAGAUGUUUGCAUACAACCACAAGAGGUCAGAGUGGAAGGAGGUUGCUUCCAUGAAGACUCCUAGAUCCAUGUUUGGAGCAGUUAUCCACAAGGGGAAGCUUACUGUCGCUGGGGGAGUGAAUGAAGAUGGACUGACUGCAGCAUGUGAAGCCUAUGACUUUGGGACCAACAAGUGGUCGCCCUUCACAGAGUUUCCCCAGGAGAGGAGUUCAAUCAACCUGGUGAGCUGUGGAGGGCUGCUGUACGCUGUGGGAGGCUUUGCCAUGGUGGAGAACGAGAACAAGGAGUGUGUCCCGACUGAAGUCAUCGACAUUUGGCAGUAUGAAGAUGACUCCAAGCAGUGGACCGGCAUGAUCAGAGAGAUGCGUUACGCAGCUGGAGCCUCAUGUGUCUCCAUGCGCCUGAAUGCAGCCAAAAUGCCCAAACUGUAACAGAGGACCUUCACCUUAUUAUUGUGUGUUGUGACGAUUUUAUUUACAAGCUCCUAGCAGAAGAUGGUUUUUUUUAUUAUUUUAAAAUCAGAUCAUUUGCUUUCUGUGUUAAAUUUCAGAUCGAAUAAAAUUUUAUUUUUGCUCCUUA